CUCAUUCUGAUAUAGAUAAGUACGGAAACCGGUUCACAUCGGCAAUCGGCUACACCCACGUGAUUCCAAAACCAAGCAAGGUUGGCGUGGCACUGCAAUAGCUCUUUCUGCCUUCUUCUAUUCCAAUUCCAAAGUCACAUUUAUUUGUAUUUUUCAUUCAUCUUUGUCUUCGUAACGGAAAUUCUAUUCUGUGGAGACAGCAAUUUCUUCUUCUGCGCUGAAAAUCAAUCUAUAUCGAUAUCUCCAGGCCACUUGAUCUUUGAAUUGAUUUGAAAUUAUUGCGGAUGGAUUUGUCUGCCCUUAUUUGUGACACAGAACAAUGGAAGAACUUGAAGGCCCCUGUUGAUGACAUCAAAAAGACGCAUUUACGUGAACUGAUGAGUGACACCGAGCGAUGCAAAUCAAUGAUGUUAUAAACAGCACAGAGAACAGGCCUGUCCUACAUGUAUCACUCCGUGCUCCAAGGGAUGCAAUUAUAAACUGUGAUGGGAAGAAUGUGGUCCCAGAUGUUUGGCGAGUGCUUGACAAGAUCCAAGAAUUCUCUGAGAGGGUCCGCAGUGGUUCCUGGGUUGGAGCAACAGGAAAAGCAUUGAAGGAUGUGAUUUCUAUUGGCAUUGGUGGAAGCUUCUUAGGCCCUCUUUUUGUGCAUACUACUCUCCAAACAGAUCCAGAGGCUAUUGAAUGUGCGAGAGGACGCCAGCUGCGGUUUCUGGCAAAUGUUGAUCCAGUUGACGUUGCUAGAAAUAUUACUGGGUUGAACCCUGAAACUGCCCUAGUGGUUGUGGUUUCAAAGACUUUUACGAUGGCUGAAACUAUGUUGAAUGCUCGGACACUGAGGGAAUGAAUUUCAUCUGCUUUGGGGCCUCAGGCAGUUGCAACGCAUAUGGUUGCUGUCAGUACUAAUCUAAUGGUAUUAUAAUUUUCAUUUAUCUAUUGUGCUUGGUCGGUUUUUUCUUGUGGUCUAAAUUUCAUCUAUUUGUUCAUAUAUACUGCUAUUGGCUGCCAUUUUUGCGUGUGCCUCCCUUGCUUAUACAAUUUGGUUGUGUCCAGAGUAAAGCUUC